GGGGCGGGCCUGCGGGGCGGGCCUGCUGGGCGGGAAGGGGCGGGGAGGAGCGCGCUCCUGCUGCUGUUGCUGCUGCUGCUGCUGCCGCUGCUGCAGCGGCGGCCGUGUUCUUCCAGGCUGUCUGGCGCUCCAGUGCACGCGGGGCUUUGCAAAUGGCUUGUCCCGCUCUUGGUCUGGAAGCGCUCCAGCCCCUGCAGCCCGAGCCGCCCCCCGAACCCGCCUUUUCCGAGGCGCAGAAGUGGAUCGAGCAAGUAACUGGCAGGAGUUUUGGUGAUAAAGAUUUCCGCACAGGGUUAGAAAAUGGAAUCCUACUCUGCGAGUUGCUGAAUGCUAUAAAGCCAGGACUUGUUAAAAAGAUCAAUAGAUUGCCUACCCCUAUUGCAGGAUUGGACAAUAUCAUCUUAUUCUUGAGGGGUUGUAAAGAGCUUGGCCUUAAGGAAUCUCAGCUUUUUGAUCCAAGUGACCUACAGGAUACAUCCAACCGAGUAACAGUCAAGAGCCUUGAUUGUAGUAGAAAACUGAAAAAUGUCUUGGUGACCAUUUACUGGCUGGGAAAAGCAGCGAACAACUGCACAUCCUACAAUGGAGCAACGCUGAAUUUGAAAGAAUUUGAAGGUUUGCUGACUCAGCUGAAAAAGGAGACAGAUGACAUUGAGAGCCCAAAGCGUAGCAUUCGCGACAGUGGCUACAUUGACUGCUGGGAUUCAGAGCGCAGCGACUCCCUGUCCCCUCCGCGCCACGGCAGAGAUGAUUCCUUCGACAGCCUGGAUUCAUUUGGUUCUCGCUCCCACCAGACACCUUCACCAGAUGUAGUUCUCCGGGGAAGCAGUGAUGGGAGAGGUAGCGAUUCCGAAUCCGACUUGCCACACCGGAAGCUGCCAGAUGUGAAGAAGGAUGAUAUGUCUGCUAGGCGGACGUCCCAUGGUGAGCCAAAGUCAGCUGUGCCUUUUAACCAGUACCUCCCGAACAAGAGCAAUCAGACAGCCUACGUCCCUGCUCCUCUGAGGAAGAAGAAGGCAGAGCGAGAGGAGUAUCGCAAGAGCUGGAGUACUGCCACCUCCCCCCUGGGUGGGGAGAGGCCCUUCAGAUACGGUCCAAGAAUUCCUGUGUCUGAUGACGCAGAGAGCACGAGUAUGUUUGACAUGCGGUGUGAGGAGGAAGCCGCGGUGCAACCGCACAGCAGGGCUCGCCAGGAGCAGCUGCAGAUGAUAAAUACACAGCUGCGCGAAGAGGACGACAAAUGGCAAGAUGACCUGGCUCGUUGGAAGAGUCGUCGAAGAAGUGCUUCUCAGGACUUGAUUAAAAAAGAGGAAGAAAGGAAAAAAAUGGAGAAGUUACUUGCUGGAGAAGAUGGGAUAAGUGAACGGAGGAAAAGCAUCAAAACCUACAGAGAAAUAGUUCAAGAAAAAGAGCGGAGAGAGCGGGAGCUGCAUGAGGCUUACAAGAAUGCUCGGUCCCAGGAAGAAGCGGAGGGCAUCCUGCAGCAAUACAUUGAGAGAUUCACCAUCAGCGAAGCAGUGCUAGAGCGCCUGGAGAUGCCAAAAAUUCUGGAGAGAAGCCAUUCCACAGAGCCAAACUUCUCCUCCUUGCGGAAUGACCCCAACCCCAUGAAGUACUUGAGACAGCAGUCCCUGCCUCCUCCCAAGUUUACUGCCACCGUGGAAACCACUAUCACUCGCCCUGAUGUGCAGGAGGCCAGUGUGGAAGCAGCAGGCAGUGGGUCUCCCAGCAAAACUGUCCCCCCUAAAGCAGUGCCUAUGCUGACACCCAAGCCUUAUUCUCAGCCUAAGAACUCACAAGAAGUCCUAAAGACCUUUAAGGUCGAUGGGAAAGUCAGCAUGAAUGGAGAAACACUUCAUGGUGAUGAGGUGGACAAGGAACGAGAAUGUCUCAUGCUGGCCCUGGUCCCCUCAUUAACCUCAUCCCAGACACUGGAUGCUGUGGCCAGUGUACAAGGAAGCCCCAAGGAGACGCAGAAAGACAACAGCAGCAUUAAGAUUAAUAUAAAAAAGCCAAGUUCUGCUCUCCCAAAGUCAACAAACACCACAGAAGAUGCUGACCUAAAUAGUCAAGAAAAUGAGCAUGAUGGUGAAAAACAAGAAGAAAGGAAUUCAGAAUUUGCUUCAUCAGAGCCACAACAUUUUACAACCACUGUGACUCGAGCCAGCCCCAGCGUGGCAUAUGUGGAGUUUGUCUCUAGUCCCCAGCAAAAGGAUGAUGUGCCAGAAGAAAGAGACCUGAAGAAACCAGGAAAUGAAAUGAGUGGGAAGGUGGAGCUGGUGCUAUCACAAAAGAUGGUAAAGCCAAAAUCUCCAGAGCCAGAAGCAACCCUGGCAUUCCCAAUUCUGGAUAAAUUGCCUGAAACCAACCAGUUACACUUGCCAAAUCUUCACUCUCAAGUGAAUUCUCCAAGCAGUGAAAAAUCACCUGCCAGCACACCGUUUAAGUUCUGGGCUUGGGACCCUGAAGAGGAGCGUAGGCGACAAGAAAAAUGGCAGCAGGAGCAGGAGCGCUUGCUUCAGGAGAGAUACCAGAAGGAGCAAGACAAGCUGAAAGAGGAGUGGGAAAAGGCCCAGAAGGAGGUGGAAGAGGAAGAACGCAGAUACUAUGAGGAGGAGCGUAAGAUAAUCGAAGACACUGUGGUUCCCUUUACUAUUUCUUCAAGUUCAGCAGACCAGCUCUCUGCAGCCUCCUCUAUCACAGAAGGCAGUGCCACCAUGAAUAAGAUGGACUUGGAAAACGGUCGAGAAGAAGAAGAGAGAAUGCAGAAGAAACUGUCCCAGGGCGACCGCAAUGAUUUAUUGCAUAAAACUAGGGAAUGUGAUCCUCCGGAGGAGAAGAGCAGUCCAACUCCAGGAUUCCUUGCACAUUCUGAGACCUCUGUAUCACAAGGAGUCCAUGAGGACCAUCUACUGGAUAUAGACAGGGGUGCUUCACACUGUGAGAUGAACCCCCAGCUGGCUCUGGAACCAGCCUGGAAUCAGCAAAUCUCAAACUCACCCCCUCCCUCUUUUGAAGAUGUGAAGCCAAAAACGCUCCCAUUGGAUAAAAGCAUUAACCAUCAGAUUGAGUCUCCAAGUGAAAGGCGGAAGAAAAGCCCUCGUGAGAACUUCCAUUCUGGGCACCUCUCGCCCUGCCCUCUCACACCUCCUGUCCAGUCACCAAACAGGUAUAAGAGGUCUAUAAGUGGAAAGAAACUCUGUUCCUCCUGUGGUUUGCCUUUGGGGAAGGGAGCCGCCAUGAUCAUCGAGACCCUCAAUCUCUAUUUUCAUAUCCAAUGCUUCCGGUGUGGAAUUUGCAAAGGUCAGCUAGGAGAUGCAGUGAGUGGGACAGAUGUGAGGAUCCGAAAUGGUCUUCUAAACUGUAAUGAUUGCUACAUGCGAUCCAGAAGUGCUGGCCAACCCACCAUGUUGUGAUGUGGUUUCAAGUUUCCAACACCCUCACCAGUUCUUCCUGAGAGUGUCCCUGCCAAUCCUUUAACAAAAUCCUAAAUUCAGGGUCUUCUCAGCUAUUAUCUUAUUUCUGAAAAGGCUACUCUAAAAGAUGGUAUCUCUUAUUUUAUAUGACAGUGUUAGUGUUUUUUUCCUGAUAAAAUUUUCGUGUGUAAGGGUAUUUUUUGUUUUGUUUUGUUUUUGACAUUUCUACACAAUAUACAAAAGAAUAUUGAAUGGUAACGAUCCAGAAUAGUUCAAAAGAAACAGGCUUAUGGUUUAAAAUGUGUUAUUCUCUUCUUUGGGAAUUCAUGAGUUAAUUGAUGCAAUAAACCUUUUGUGUUUAAGCAUUUCUAGAAAUUAAACACUUUUAUGUUUACAUAAUUGAGCUGCAGAAAAUGCAAGACAUGCCAAUUGAGACAUGGGGGUCUUCUAAGACAGGCGCAUACAUGUAAUCCAUUUCAGAAACUGUAAGUCACAUCCUCUAUCUCUGAGCUUUAGCUUGCUUUUUAAUGCAAAGAUGCCAGUCGUCUGAUAAUAGAGACUUUUGCUUUACUUACCUUUGGGGCUUGACAUCUGCCCAAUAAACUAUUGCACUGUUAGUAUUCAAUUUUGUGUACUUUGGAAGGUAUGUCGUUCAUAUAGGCUGGGCCCACAAAUAAAGAAAACCUUGCAAUAUUGGGUACGCUUACACUCUGGGACAUUGCUCAAGGGUAGAAUGAAACCAGGGAAACCUUUUUCAAUCAUCAUUUCCAAAGUUAUUAUCCAAAUCUAUGAGGAAGUUUAAUCUACAGAAGAGUGGUGGGUCAGUUGAUAGCCACAAGGCCUUUGCUGCUUGCUUUUCUUCCAGCAUGCAAUUCAAUUAAGAGACUUAAUAUGGAAGCACUUGUGGAAGAUAAGUUUAUCAAGCAAGGAAGGAGCACCACCCACCUUGGCCUGUAACUUCUCCUUGAGGGCCUGAAGCACAGGUGUGUCAAGAAAUACAUUUAAGUCCAUCCUAAUAGAAGCCAACUGACAUAUGAUUUAACAAGUCAGUGGUGUGUGAUCAGCAAUAGUCUGCAGAGUCCACAGUGUCCUGCCCACUCAAAAGGAUGUAUGCUCUCUCCUUCAUCCUCCUUCAUCUACAAGACCCUGGACCUCCUCCUGCAAAAGAUUAUACGGAAACUCUUGCAGAGAGCUUGUACCCUGGGUGAUGAAUUUUAGCUGUCCAAGAAUGGAAUCAAGUUGCUUAAAGAAGAAAAAGCAUCAACUUUAGCUCUCCUGGUUGCUUUCUCAAAGACUCGAUCUGGGAACUAUUUAUUCUGCCUUAAAACAAUGGCAAAGAAGUGAAGAUGACAUUUUGUGAAUGUAGACUAUGGAUAUUCUCAGUAUAGGUUAAAGUAGUCACAAAAAGGAGAUAGAGUAGCUAGCUUGGAUUUUUUUCCUGUUAUGUAAGCAAUAAUUUCUUUUUUCUGUGUCUCCUUGAGUCUGGCUAGCAAAUAUUUAUUGACAUGCUAGACUGUUCUCUGCAUGCAGGUUCCAUGUAAGUGCAGAAAGUUCCUCAGCUGCUGGAGGUAUUUUGACCCCUCUGUCAUUGAGAUGAGCUGGUAUUAAAUUGAAAUACACACACCAUUUCAUUAAAAAUUGUGCCUUAGAAAAAGAAAGCAUUGUGCAUUGCCAGCAAAGAAUUGUGGUCACAGCACAUGGACGAGAGAGAAAGUCACUCCCGAGCUUUCAGGACUUUUCAUGGAGUUGUCUGCUGUUUUGCAAGGGUAGGGGGAAGAAAAAGAGAGAAAUAGAAAACACUUAAAACAGAAAAAAAAAAGUUUUGAAAAUGUACAGAUUAAGCCCAAUAUUUUGAUUACCCACCUGCAUGUUUUAUUAAAUAUUUUGAUAAUGUGGAUGUUUACACUUUGCAUGGUAGUGGCAGAGUACUUUACCAUAAAUGAUGCACAAAACAUGUACAAUAUGGUCAUUCAUAACCGUUUUUAUAGAAGACUUUUUACAUGUGGAACCCCAGCUGUUCUGUAGGGAUUAUAUGAAUAUUGCACAUUCUUUCUGGCUUCACAAAUCCAUUUAUACAUUAUUCUUAGUGAGACUCAUUGUACUUAUAUUGAAACGAGAAUCGAGUCAAGAAAAAUAAAGCCCCAUUCUCCAACUGCGAAAUGUGCUUUCCCAUAAUGAACAAUAGUCACCAGCACAGAGUCCUCUCCAACAUUUUCUAAAUUCUAAUUGCCAACUGUUUCUAUUUAUAUUUGAUUUAUAUUUCAUUUGCAGUCUGUUACAUGGCAGACCAGGCAGACAAGAUCUUGUUUUUUCCAAUGCAGCAUAAUGAGUAUGAUCUAUUUCUUUUCAAAUAAUCUUUGAGAUCCCAGGAAAAAAAAAAGUUCCACUCUGUUGCACUACAAUGUAAAUGUGUUUGCUUAAAAAACAGAUGAGGCAAGUGAGUGAUUUAUGGUUCCUGGUGAAAUAGAUCAGAUUUUUCUUUUUCUUAUUCUUCAAAAGCUCUAGUUCCUUCCCUUAAGAGUAAAAAGGGAUGGCGGAGCUUAUUUGGUGUCCACUAGCCAAUUCUCAUGAUAUUUCCUUCUUUCUAUGUAGCUAUUAAUGCAACCACGUUAGAGUUAUCUAUAUAUGGUGUAAGACCUAAUGAACUGAAACGAUUCACCUCGUUUGAAAGUCCACUCAAAAGAAGCUAUGGUCUGGGUGGACCAAUCUUCGACAUCCAUUACACUAACCUUCAUUUUAAAUAUUUAUUCUAAAAUGCCUCUGGAAAAAAUAGCAAAAAAUAAAAAGUUGUCUAAAAUGCAACAGCUUUUAUAGUCCAUGUACAUUUAUAAAUAAAAUACUCAAAUCAA